AUCUCCAAUUAUAUUCCAACAGGGCACUGUGAUGCAAGGGUUCAACAAUACUUGCAGGACCUCAAACUAGGCACCAUUUACAGACUCAAACUAGGACCGGUUCUGGUUCCAUUCACAUGUGGAUUUCGAAGCUAAUUGUGACCUCAAAGGUGACCUUUAUGUUUUGGGUAGUGGAUGUUACUUGGUGUACCUCGGAUUCGAACCUGAUGUCAUCGAGGUUGAACGUAAGGACUUGCGUCCACAUAUGGUUUGGAAAGAUGAAGAGUGGUUUCGGUGCCAAAAACGAGUAAAAGUCUUUCCCCUUUAUUAUUGAUCUUCAAUUAAAGUUUUCAUCUUUUUAAUUACUGUUUUUUUCUUAAUUUGUGCGUGUGGCUGAAGGUAUUAGUUGACUCGGAGUUUAGCACUGGAACGAAUGUAAAAGUCAAAACAAAGGUUGAGCCUUUUGGUAAUAUUUGGGUUCCGGCUAUAACCAUAAAGGAGAAUGAAGACAGGAAAUUACUGGUGAAGUACAAGAGUUUGAACGGUGGAGAAGAUGAAUACACCAAGACUAGCGUUCCUUACUCUGAGAUCCGGCCUUCACCACCGCCUUUUGGUUCAAGAACUUUUGGGUUGAUGGAGAAUGUGAAUGCCCUGCUCGAGUGUGGAUGGUGUCCAAGUGUAGUAAGCAUGGUUCUCUGUGGGGACAGAUACGGUGUCCUGUUGGGACCAUGCAAGUAGAGUAAGGACUUUGAGCACUUGCAGUUAAGACCAUCCGUGAAGUGGAAAGAUGGAACUUGGAAAACAAAACAAAAAAAAAGUAAGUUGUUACUUAUGUAGAGAUUUAGGAAGUAAAAUGGCUAAUGCUGUGAUGAAUGGGAACAACACAAGGAAACCGGAAAUAGCAGAAACUGCAACUAGGCAGACAAAACCAGCGGUAAAAACACAAGAAAGGAAGAAUCAAAGAGGGAAAGUGAAUCUGGAGAAACACGGGUUUGAUAUUGCAGCACCUCGAUCUAAGAUCGACAAGCUAUUGUCCAUCAAAGAAAGCCAGACACGGGCAUUGGAAGAGUUGAAAGUUGCUGCAGAGAAAGACAAUAAAAGAAGGAAGCUGGAAGACAAUGUCGAACAAGCCUCAAAGAAGAUUGUUGAGUUGCAGAGACAAGAAGCAUUGAUGAAGGAAGAGAAAGUGACAAAAGAAAAGGAGAUAGCUCGGAUGAAGUAUAAACGCAGUGGCUCUCGACAGAAUGGUUCAGUGGGUGGAGCAGGAGUUUCGUGCAACUGUGAAAUCCCCAUUGUACUAAUAAAGUAGAUUAACAUACAGUAUGUCAAAAUCUACUUUAACUUUGUUGC